AUGUCGGGUGCUGUGGGCCGAGAGCCAGUUUUCCCAACUCGUCAAUCACUGGGGUUGAUGAAGAGCAAGCUGAAGGGAGCCGAGAUUGGACACAGCUUAUUGAAGCGAAAGAGUGAAGCAUUGACCAAACGUUUCCGAGAAAUCACACGUCGCAUCGAUGAGGCUAAGCAGAAAAUGGGUCGGGUCAUGCAAGUUGCGGCAUUCUCCUUGGCUGAAGUGAGCUAUGCAGUGGGUGGUGAUAUCGGAUAUCAGGUUCAGGAGUCCGCCAAACAAGCUCGCUUCCGAGUACGCGCGAAACACGAGAACGUCUCCGGUGUCCUCCUUCCUCAAUUCGAGAGUUACACAAAGGAGGGUAUUAAUGAUUUCGCUUUGACGGGUCUUGGUAAAGGUGGUCAGCAGAUUCAGCGCUGUCGGGAGACGUAUGCGCGAGCUGUGGAGACUUUGGUGGAGUUGGCUAGUCUACAGACUGCCUUCUUGAUUCUAGACGAGGUUAUCAAGGUUGUCAACCGGAGAGUGAACGCCAUUGAGCAUGUCAUCAUCCCUCGAACUGAGAACACCAUCAAAUACAUCAAUUCCGAACUCGACGAACUGGAUCGAGAGGAAUUCUACCGCCUCAAGAAGGUCUCAAACAAGAAGCAACGUGAUGUUGCAGCUGCGGACGCUGAGAUGCUGGCUGCCAGGCAAAAGGCAGCCGAGAAGGCAGCCGAGAAGCAGGCAGAAGAUGGAACACCAGCCCAGGAGGCCAAGGAGGUGGAAGAGGUUGAAAGUACAGAUGUUUUGGGUGAACAAGAAGACACCGACGUUAUCUUCUAG